UAUGCAGAUGAAAUGAAAGCUUUAAUAUCACGAUUUGAAGUACCGAAGAUGAUUAAAAUUGAAGAUGAAAUGUCAGUUAAUGAUAAUUGCCUGGAUGAAACAUUGUCACAUGUGUCAAUAUGUGAAAGACCAAAACUUGCAUUCAUAUGCAAACAAUGGAAUGGAGGCUUUGAUGAUUCUGAUUAUCAACUUCAAAAACUUGAACUAAUUUAUUGGCGAUAUGAUGAGUAUCCAAAUUGUUUGGCUAAAUAUCCAGCAAGCGAUGGAGGAUUCUGUCUUAUAAUAUCGCUGCUUUAUAAAUACGGUUGUUAUUUAACAACAUUAGACUUGACAGCUUAUAGUAAUUGUAACAUAGUGCCAGUUAUCAAUGCAUCGUGUCCAAACCUCGUAACACUUCGCUUGAGAUUCACCAACAUGGACAAAGUAUUACUAGCCAAUGCAUUCACACGUCUAUCUAAACUGAAAUCAUUAACAAUUAUAUUUCAAAAUAUAAAGACUUUUAAGGAGUAUCCCACUGUUGCUUUAUUCAAUUCAUUGAAAAACGUUGCUAAUACAUUGACUUAUCUAAAUCUGUUAAAUUGGCUUGAUGAAUUAGAAAAUAUCCCUGAUUUUUCAGAAGUAAUCAAUGAUGUGAUUCGUGACUUAAAGGCUCUGAAAAAGUUGGAACUUUCUGGUAUAGGAAUUUCUCUUGAUGUAUUCGAUUAUCUGUCAGACAAUAAAAUUGUAUAUUCUAACCAUACUAUAUACCUUAGAAGGACUCUUACUGUAUCAAUUCCAUUCAUAAAUAUCAAGGUAUUGAAUAUGAUGGGAUGUCGAGUAACAGAUGAUACAUUGUAUACUAUUGCCAAUACUUUCAAGCACUUAACAUUAUUAAAGAUGAUAAGUCCCGUGGUAACUGAUAAUGGUGUAGUAGCACUUUCAAAGAUGGAUAAUUUACAAUAUUUAAUUUUUUACGGCAAUACUAAAAUCACUGAUUCUUCAGUCAAACUGCUGAAAAACAUGGUAAAAUUAUUCUUACCAACCAGCGAUGAAGUUACUGAUGAUUCAGUCUUAACAGUUCUUGAAAAUUCACCAAAGAUAGACGUGCUUUCUGUUUACGGCGUAAAUGUGACUGCUGAGUUAGUAAAAAAAGCAGUAGCAAUAUCAAAUAAGCGAGAAAGACGUCUUAUCUUGUGUGUUGCACCUAUAGUUGUUGCAGCUAUGCCAGAUAUACAACAAUAUAAAUCACCAUAUUUUGAAUUGCGUAUGGUUCGUAAGAUAAUGAAAAAAAAAAUGGUACAAGUCGGUACAAGUGCUCACGCUGCAGAUAGUGGGCUCACAGCGAGUUCAAAAGGGCAAGCACAAUAAAAUCUCAUAAUCGCGGGUUUUCUCAUUUGG